CCGCGGCGGAGCCGCUCCGAGCCCGGCGAGCCGCACCGAGCUGAGCGGGGCUGGAGCAGCGGGGAGCCGGCAGCAGGAGCGCAGCCCGCCCUACACCAGCCCCUGCCUGCGCGGGGGGCCGUGGCUGCCGCCCCGCUUCACCUGGUGCCCGCACGACUCGGGAGGCAAGAGCAGCCCCGAGGGAUCCGUCCCGGGGCUUGCCCGCCCGGCGCCGGCAGCAUCUCUGGCGCCCUGGCCGUGCCCGCCGUCCCCUGCCCGCGUGCGAGUGUUUGGGGGGGUGCAAUGAUCGACCCCGGCAAGAGUUUUGCAAAGCUCUGAAACACCUUAAGCUGCGCGCAACAACCUGUGUUCUCCGAGGUGCUGGAGAUGAGGCGUUAGUGUUCGUGACGGCUCGGCGAGGGGAGGUGUCUUCCUAGAGGGACCUUUCCUGACCCGUAGAGCCACUGUGUUCCCGCGGCGGAGAGAGGACGCAAAUGGGCAGCACGGGAGCGGUGCGGCUGCUGGCGAGGAGGCAGCGGUCCCGGGAAAGGGCGGAGCGCCGAGGGGGGGUUCUCCCGGCGCUGCACUUGCUACAUUAACUCGGCGCGUCGGAGACGGCGACACAACUUUCCGAGUCUGCCCCGGGCGUCGGCGACAAGAGGCUUCUGCCGCUCCGCUCGUCGCGCCCCCAGCACCGGCCGCUAGCCGCGGCGGAUUCUGGCGGCAGCGGCGUCGUGGCUGCUGCUGAGCCGGCUAUCCCCGGGAGCCGGCCGAGCAUGUCUCCCGCUCCCAGCCCCACCGAGCGAGGCGACCGCCAGCUCUGAAGGAGAGCGGGUGAGCCCCGCCGCUCCCCGGCCAUGCGGCCCCUCCACGCUCCACUCGCCCUGCUCUGCCAGGUGCUCGGUGCGUGGGCUGCCUGCGCCCUGGCCCCGGACCCCGUCGCAGCCUCUGGGCCGCCGGCGCCCCCGCAGCGCGCCCGCUCGCCGCCGGCCCCGCCGCCCCUCGCCCCGCGCCGGCGGGCGGCCGCCUCGCUGCCCGGGCGCGGAGCCCUCCCUCGCGGGGCCGACGCCGCGGCCGGCGGAGCGGCGGGGCCGGGCGGCAGCUGCGCGCCACGCGGAGCGGCGGGGACCGGGCGACGGCGGGCGCGGAGCAGCGAGCCCGGAGCCGGCACGGCGGCGGCGGGGAGGGGCGGGGCGGGCGGCCCCCGCUGGCUGCCCCUGAACGGCUCGGCCGGCGGCGACGGCAGCGCCGGGGGCCGCGGCAACGCCACGGGGCGCCGCGCCCGGCUCCGCAACCCCUUCUACCCGCUGACCGAGGAGUCGUACGGCGCCUACGCCGUCAUGUGCCUCUCCGUGGUGAUCUUCGGCAUCGGCAUCAUGGGCAACAUGGCAGUGAUGUGCAUCGUCUGCCACAACUACUACAUGCGGAGCAUCUCCAACUCCCUGCUGGCCAACCUGGCCUUCUGGGACUUCCUCAUCGUCUUCUUCUGCCUGCCGCUGGUUAUCUUCCAGGAGCUCACCAAGAAGUGGCUUCUGGAAGACUUCUCUUGCAAAAUCGUCCCGUACAUUGAGGUGGCCUCUCUGGGAGUGACCACAUUCACGCUGUGCGCUCUGUGCAUCGACCGCUUCCGAGCCGCCACCAACGUGCAGAUGUACUACGAGAUGAUCGAGAACUGCGCCUCCACCGCGGCCAAGCUGGCCGUCAUCUGGGUGGGCGCGCUGCUGCUGGCCCUGCCCGAGGUGGUGCUGCGCCAGCUGGCCAGGGAGGAGCCCGAGCACAGCGGCAGCCCCCCGGGCGAGCGCUGCGUGGUCAAGAUCUCCACGGCCCUGCCCGACACCAUCUACGUGCUGGCGCUCACCUACGACGGGGCACGGCUCUGGUGGUACUUCGGCUGCUAUUUCUGCCUGCCUACCCUGUUCACUAUCACCUGCUCCCUGGUGACAGCCAGGAAAAUCAGGAGGGCGGAAAAAGCCUGCACAAGGGGGAACAAGCGACAAAUUCAGCUGGAAAGUCAGAUGAACUGCACAGUGGUGGCUUUGACCAUUUUAUAUGGAUUUUGCAUCAUUCCUGAAAACAUUUGCAACAUUGUGACUGCCUACAUGUCCACAGGGGUCUCUCAACAGACUAUGGACCUCCUCCAUCUCAUUAGUCAGUUCCUUUUGUUCUUUAAGUCCUGUGUUACCCCAGUUCUCCUGUUCUGUCUCUGUAAACCUUUCAGCCGGGCCUUUAUGGAGUGUUGCUGUUGCUGCUGUGAUGAAUGCAUCCAGAAGUCUUCCACGGUGACGAGUGAUGACAAUGACAACGAGUACACCACAGAGCUGGAGCUCUCCCCAUUCAGUACCAUUCGUCGUGAAAUGUCGACUUUUGCUUCCGUGGGGACUCACUGUUAAUUGACCCUAGGACUUUAUUUCCUGCAUCUUUUUCCUUUUUUUACUUCAUAUUUUUCUUCUUGAAGCAAAAUACAGGAAAAAAAAAUCACUGUUAAAAACUGCUCUUGAAACCAAUCUGUAUUAACAGUCAUGCUUUGGAAAAUAAUUUUUUUGGUUAUUAAAAGGAAAGAAGGAGAGAGAGAAGGAGAGCCAGCACUCGGUUUUAAAUCAUGAGAUUUUGUAUGGUGCUAGGAUUUCAUUGGUUGAGGAGAAGGAUCCAUAUCAAUCUGCUUUUAUUUAAUUCUGUAGUAAUUUUUUUAUAAUCACUGUAAAAUGUUUAUAUAGACAUUGUGGGCUUUGCAAGGUGUUUUCAUGUAAAAGAUGUGGUGGAAAGUAUUUGAAGGUAGUUUUAAUCCAAUUACUGUACACUAUUUUGAGAGGACUUGGGCUUCAGAGAAUUUAUAUAAAGUAGCAUAAAAAUAAAUGAGGUUUUAUUCUUUAAAUUGAUUGUCAAUCUACAUUUAACAAAGACACCUAUGAGUAGUAUUAAAUUCCUUUACUAAGAAAAAAUCAACUUUGCAUAUCAUAAUUUAGGUGGCCAUAUUUAAUUAACAUUUGAGUUCUCACACUUGGAGGAUAUAAUUAGAGUGUUUAAGGAAGAUGGGAUUAGAUUUAUAGGAGUGGGCUUUUUUAAUGUUAUAUUAUGAAGGUUCAAUGUGCCUCAUUGAAAAUUUUCUUCUUAACCUGCAGGUAUACAAAAUCUUGAGUUAUUUUGUACUUCUUACAAAGAAACACUCACUUUAUAAUUAAAUUUUGUGUCGUGUGAUUUCAAAAUCAAGAUUCUUUCCAGUAUGCUAUUGGUUCUACAUUGAGUUUAUGUCCUCCAUCUCUGUAUAUAUAGCUCCUACUGGCUUCAGUGAGAGUCUCAUUGCAGAGAAAGGCAUUUUUUUUUUUGCCAGAGGUUUGCUGACAAUAAAUGUGAGGGAUAGAAACCUAUGGAGAGUGAAUUCCUUCUAUUUUAAAAGGUAUAAACACACUUGGACACUUGGGGCUUGACCUAGAGCCCAUGGCAGUCAAUGGAGAGGUUUCCAUCAAUUUCAGAGAGCUUUGAAUCAGACUGGCAUCUCCUAUUUGUUCUGGGAUGUGUAGCAUGAAUAUUAAUCACAGGGGCUCUGUGUGCUGGUUCAGAACCAUGCUGCUCUCACAGAGACUGCUAUUCACUAGCAGCUCACAGCCCUGAAGCUGGUUUUGAGAGCCACUCUGUGUUUUGCUGAUGGCUUCUUGCUGUUUGCAGAGUUGUUAAAAUGAGGGUAUGUCAACACUGCCAGCAGCAAUGUGAUACAGUAAAAUCCAAAGUUGUUACAAGCAAGCCAGGCUGGAGACUGCAAAGUGCCUAUCCUCACCAGCAAAGCUUAUAUCCCCACUCUUGGCUGAAGCAGACAUUCUGCUCUUGGCAGGCAAGCCGGCUCAUAUUUACACUGGGCAGCAGGCUGAAGUGUAGACACAGGCUGAGGAACUGAAUUUUUUAUAGAUAGCUUGUAUUUUAAUACUAAUUAAAUAAAUAAUGCAGCUGUAUUGAGCAGAAGGAAAAUUUCAUACAUUCAUGCUUUGGAAUUAACACUGAAUAUAACUGAUGCACUCUUACCUCCCUCUUGAUACCUGCCUCUAUAUAUGUUAAAGAGCUUGCUGUAACUUCUGGAAAGGACUCUAUUUUUUGUUUGUAGAUUCCAAACUUAAUGUGUCCAAUCAUGGUGAUAUUCUUGGGCAAGCAGUAUUUCUUCUUUUUCUUUACCACUUUAACCUAUAACAAUUUCAACUGAAAAAAACCCAGUUUAAAUUAAUUAAUAUGAAUAUGAAUCUUAACAUACAUGCGAGUUCUUCUUCUGACUUUUGAAGCUGAUACUGGGGCCCUAGCAAGGCAGUCUGCUUUAACCACAGGCAUUUGUUUAUGCUUAGAACUUGAGAUAUUACCCAAGUUUUUAAAGUCCUGUUUCACAUGCUCAGUCACUUUUGAAGAUGGCAACUGUCCCUUCCUGAUAAAACCUUUCAUUGACUUGCCUUUGCUUGAUUACAUUCCAUAAAGUAUGAAAGGGAUUAAAGAGAAAAGAUAGAAACAAAAAUCUUCCUCACUUUGGUGCCUGUGUUUCCUCCAAUACAUAUUCCCAUCUCUGCAUUUUGAUUUUUACUAUUCUUUUUUACAUGCCAAUAUUUAUAAAGAAUGGGAAUAAGGCUCCCUUUUUGUUCCUUGCUGAGAGACCUGUUUCCCUCAGCUGCCUUUUCUGUUACAACAGGAGCUCAAGGAUCUUGGAAAAGAACAGCAGAAUGGGAGGAAGCACUUUAAAAGAAACAAAUUGAAAAAACAGAGAAUUUACUUGGAAAUAUCAAAUGAUCACAUUUUGCUAUUUUAGGUUCAAGAUCGCACCAGGACACGAAAUGUCCCCAUUGCGUUGGAUAUGAGGUGCUUCCAGCUUUCCACUGGGCACUGGGCAUGUGUGAGCUCUGCUAAGGACUGAUGCUAGCUCACAGGUUACAUGUUCUGUGUCUCAGAGAGGUGCAGUUUGCUUCUGCAUUUAAACUUUUCCACAAUACACAUAUGAUAAUCCUGGAAAAAUCCCCAGCCAAACAACCAAGCCAAUCAAAAAAAACAACAAAACCAGACCAAACCAAGAAAAACCCAACAGCUGCAACAAACCCAUACCCAGCAAAAAACUGACCCCCACAGGAAAUGAUUUAAGAAGUCCUUGGACAAGAUAGGAUCUGAAGAUCAGUAAUGCUGUGUUUGUAAAUACAGCUUCUCCUUGUGUGGCACAGCAGUCUCCAGCCAGUGGGGCUUCUUUGUACCCCGUGUAACCUUGCCUUUUCUGCUGCUGAAGGAGCAUUUUUCUUAGCUAUUUCUCUGCCUUGCCAUGGAUAACUGUAGCAAUUUGACACCCUUUUAUUCUAAUUUGUUCUCUAAAUUGGUUAAACUAAUACCUCAUUAGCAAUUUGUAUUGUCACAGCCAUCCAAGUGUCAUGAUAAAUGAUUCCUUAUGUUAAAGAUGCAGUACUGCAUUGCAUUUCUUCCAUCCAACUUUUGGGGUUGAUGCUGUGAACUCUUGAAAUUUUCUUGUGUUUGCUUUUCUUACUUUCUUUAAUAUUCUUCAAUAUUAAAUAAUAAUUCUUUAUUAUUCUAAAAAUUAUUAAGCUGCUUAUGUCUGGUUUGAAUCCAGUUCUGUCAGAGAUUUGUCCAUUAACAAGAGGGAAUUUGAUGACUGAAGAUUUGCUUAUUGAAAAGAUUUAAUUUUUUAACAAAACUAGAGAAAAUUGUAGAGCAUGGUGAUAAACAUAGAAGAGUGAUGAAAUGGAAAAUCAGAUUGUAAGGUUGGAAGACCUUAUACCUUUCAGGUAUGUAAGCCUUUAAUACAUUAGCACUAAUUGUCACAGCCCUGGUUCCAUUGAAAAAUUCAAAACUAUGAAACUUUAGUAAGUAUUUCAGUAUCUCUAAUGAAAACAUUUCAUGACCUGUGUCAAAAUAUAAUUGUGUAGGUGAAAGUACAAAUGGUAAAUUAUUGAGUAAUAUCUCUCAGAAGAGAUGUCUUAUUUUACCACUUCCAAGAUAAAUUCCUACAUUCAACCUUAAAUAAAUUCUGCAUUUGAAUGAUGUCAGUGACUUGCUCAUCUCCUGUUCAGUCAUUGAGACUGUGAUGUAAGCUCCCACAGCUGCUGCUCCAGCAGCUCUGGGAACGGCUCCUAAAGACACCACAGAAGUUUCCAAGCAUGUUGUCCUGCAUCUCAGUAAGAAUUUGUGUGAUGUUAGGCUCCAUGGUGAGACUGUUCUAUUGUGCUCAUGGCACUCAGAAGCAAAAUAGAUUCUAUGAAAUGUGAAUUGCUAUUGAAAUUCUGAGUAGAUUACCCAAAUUCAUUAAACAACAAGAAUAUUCAAAACCUCUCCUAGUAUCUGUGGGCCAUUGUCUUAGACACAGUGUAAAUACAUGCAACUUGCCCUGUGGCUGCCUGAGUGCUGUUGAUGUGCUCAGAUAUAUCGCUGAGCUGCUUCUGGGCUUUUUCUGCCAGGUAGCAUUAACAGAGCUCCCAAACCACUUACAUCAUCCCCUUGUUAUUGUGCUGGAACUAAGACUGAAGGCAAAACCUGCUCAAAAUUUGUCUGUCUCCUUAGCAAGGCUCUCUCUUUUCUGUGCAUGGAGAGCACAUCUAAGGUUCCAGGCUGUCGGUGGAUACAGGCUUAGCACAGUAGCAUCAGCACGUAUAUGUUUGUGCAUGUUCUGAUGAAUCAGAAAUUUAGGUUCUGUUAUUUCUAGGGUGGAAGAGCAAGAUUCAGACCCCUGCUCUGCUUAAUUUAUAGGUGAGACUUGAAAUUUGGUGGUUCAGCAUAGCCACAGAAAGGCAAAACUGCUGUAGUAAUAGACACACUGGUGUUAUUACAGAGGGGAGAACCUAUAAGAAGUAAACUGCCUGCAGAAAGCUGACUCCUCUUACUUCUUUUAAGAACCUAGACCUAAUGAUCUGCCCAAAUUGCAAAGGCAAGCAGGGACCUUGAAGUGGAUCUUCUGUAUCCUGACUUCUUAUGUCUGCAUGCUGAAACAAUCCUUAUUUCCUCGUAUCACUGAGAAAUGUGAUUAGGAGGAGUUAUAACUUUCUUCCUUCUUUCUUUUUCUAUGAAAAGCUCAGCCAAAGUCAAUGUGAGCAGAUUAUAUGAAUCAUUGAAACUUAAUGGUAUCCUGCAUGUACUGUCUCAGUCUUCAGGAGCUGUAUUUUUUCACUACUGUUUUGUGUUUGAUUGAGUCAUUUAACACCUGUCCUUGGUAGAUGUCAAAUUUUCAAAAGCUGGGUAUGUUUUGUGAUGAAUAAGAAACAAUGAAAAAGUCACAGACGGAGAUACUCCAGGGCACCCAGGCUUCUCUGCUACAGAAACACUGACUCAUGUUGAGAGCUAAAGGUUCACCAGUCAGGAGAACCGUGUUUCAUCAUGCACUGCAUUUAACCCCUAAAAUCUCGGCUACUUGCUUUCCCUGUGGUAUAAUUUGGCUGAUUCAGUUUUUGUAUUUCAGGAAGUAAAAGCUGUGACAAAGACUCCCUGGCAUUUUCAAAAUGACAGCACAGAAAGCCAGUGCUCUGUUUCUAGUGGUGACACAUUCCCUGUGCAGUGUUACCUGCAGUGCCAGGAUCCUUGUGCCUGGAUGUCCCAGCCUCUUUCAAGCCAGAGGUCAAAGAUUUCUGUCCCUGUGCAUGUGUUGUGCAUCACAGUUUCUUAUUUCUGAAAAGCAGAAGAUAGCAUCCUGACUAACAUGUUUGUGGGAUUUUUCUUCAAGUAGAAAUCAGGCCUGUCAGGAUUCUCAGUUUAAUGUAUUUAAUAUAAAUGCUAGUGGCAGCAUUAUUACUCAAAUUAGUAAGUAAUUUUUAGCUAAAGGAGAAUCUUUGCUUUUUCUCUUUUAUUAUGUAUGUAUUUCAUCCUUUCUAUUUUAUCCUUUAUUUUUCUGUGAUCACAAAGGUUAUUUUUUUCCUAAACAAAAUGCAAAAAUUCCACAAGCACUCAUUCUUUUGUCUAGUUAGAGAAAUUCCAUCAUUGGCUUAUAUUAGAAUCUUCAUUUGUAUCCACAGUGAAUUUUGAAGAGAGAAGAUUUGAAUAAACUUUGCAGGCUGGGAUGGUUACAUUUUGGUUUUUUUAAUAAUUUUGGUCUUACCACCCUAAACUUUUUAGGAGAUGGGAGAUACAUACAGUUCAACAAUAACUUGUUGAAUUUCAUAAUUGUCACUAGAGACUCCAGAACACAUACAAUCUGGAAGAAAAUUCUCUAAUAGUAGCUGGAUAUGCAUGUGAUAGUCCCUGCUGAAGACAAUACAAAUAUGUCAGUAAACAAAUAGAUUUAGCCUCUUCACUUUUAUACCAGAGAACAAAUUCUUCCCUAAAAUGUGCUUCCAAUUUGAUUUAAUAUACAUUUGUGUGCUAGAUUAAUCUAUUUAGUGUUUUUAUUGUUGUAUAGGGAACACAAAAGCUUAAGAAAGAAGGUAUCCUGUCUGUAAUUGUAGCCAGCAGUUAUACUUCAUAUUUUUUAAAAAUUCUUUCCUCUGUCUAUUUUGAAGCAAUUUCUACUGACUGUUCUUAUCAGUCUUUUCAAGUGUCUUAUUUCAUUUUCUAAUUUUCCCCUGAGCAAAGGAAAAUCCUUUUGUUUUCCUGAAGAUCAAUUCUUUUAAAUUGAACAUGUAAGUAAGUCUCAUUCAUUUUGCACAAUCUAUCCACUGGAAGACUUAAAGGUGAACAGUCCUUCUCCCUGUGGAAAGUAUUCACAAAUAAGGAAGCUACAGCCUAUCUUUCUCUAACCUAGCAGAAAAGAAAAUAUCUCAUCAAUCUGUACAAGACCUGUGGCCAGAGUAUCCACACCACAGCAUGUAUUUCUGACUUAAAAUUGGCUCACCUACCUGCAAAUCUUGAUACAACAGACAACAGUGGUCUCUCCUUGCCAAAACAUGGGAGGUUUCUACAAGAAACUGGCUCAGGUAUCUUCAUUUCAUAUAGUGAUUCUCUGUGGAGUCUCUUUUUAUCUGUAAAAAUUCAUCUAGAUUGUUAAGUGACCUCUGAGUAAACUCUUUCUCAUUUAGGGCUUCCUUUAACAGGUAUCAUUCAUGAGCCCCACGUUAAGGCUGUGUGAUUAAGCUGGGGGUUGACAUUGGUUGUUGACCUGUCCAUGAUUCCAGACAUGCCUGCGUGUGUCCAGCCCUGCUGGAAGCUGCACCUGGAAGGUGAAAGGACAGGGAUCCCCCAAAGGCAAUGCCGUGCCUCUGCAUCCAGCCUCCUGGGGGUCCAUGACAAUUUGGUGACGAGCCUGCCAAAAGCUGGGACUGGUUUUGGAGGUUUGCAUAGCACUGCUUUUGCAAAGCUUUAGGGGUAACCAGUCUCUUAAACUAUUCACUCCUCCUUAAGGCAUCCUUGCUUCAUAUGGAGGAACACUUGCCUUUGGCUUUUGACAAGAGAAGAGGAAGAAAGAAGGUGUGAGAAAAGGAGAGAUCCUGUUCAGAUGUGGAUAAGCUGGACUUCUGUCUUUGGAGAUAGAAUUCUGUAAUUACAGUGGUUUCUUAGCUUCCCCAGGUUAAAACAGAUUGGACACUGAAUACUCCACUCUAAUACAGACCCCCCUACUGCUGCUGAGGAUGGUGACAGUGACCCAGGUAAAACAAAGACCCCUGAGAGAACACCUGACUUUUUUUCUUCAAACACACAGGCCUGUUAAGAGUGAUAAGUCCCUUCAGAUAAGAGAGCAUGUAAGACCCUGCUUUUCUGAUGUCUCCCCUUAGUGAAUGAAAGGGUUAACAGUGCUAGUAUUUAGUCUAGCAGAGCCUGGUUUCAGAUGAAUAGGGGCAGUUUGUGCCUUCUCAGUGCCUGUUUCUGGCUGUCCUCAUCCCUGCACAAGGCAGCACUGUAUGUUGAGAUCCUGAAGGUCCUACUGCCUGUAGGGCUUGACUUUUUUUAACCUUUCUUUGGUAAAUAAAAGGGAAGAAAGUAAUUGUUAACUGUUUGAGGACUUUGCUUUGUUUCCUCCUGGAGAUCCACUGCAGUAAAAAUCAAAGUUUGCAAAUAUAUCCAUGCCUAGCAACUGUACUCAGAAGAAACUGUAGAGACUUGAACUCUACAAAUCAUAUUAAAAACCCUGCAGAAUUUUGGGUUUACACUGAAUUUGACAGAAGGUAGUCCAUCAAUUGAAAACAUACCAAAAAUCUACCUUUUUCUGCUUUCAAUGCACCACUCCCUAAUAAUAGAGUAAUACAUAUUUUACUGCCAGUCAUGGUGUUACUGCUUAAGAAUUCAUAAAAUGCCUUAUUCUUCCCUUCUGUUUAUUUCAUUUUCGUUUGUCAUCUUUCAUUCUCUUCUUCAUCUCUGUUGUUCUUUUCAGCUGGAGAAUUUUAAUUGUUUGUGCUGUACUCUAUACAUCUCAAAGUGACCUCUGUUUAAUAAGACCAUGAGUAAAAAGUGAGUUAAAGAGAGUAAGCACUUCUAGCUCACUAUGUGCCCAUGUACCUAUGUGGUUUGGGCCUUAAAUCAAUAUAACAGCCAAAAACUAAAUGAGCCUGCCAGUUAACCAAAAGCUACCAGAACCUGGAGGCUGGUGAAGUGAUCAUUACUGUGGGCUUCUCUGCCACCACUCAGCAGCCACCUGCAGAGUCUGCCUUGGGAUGGACCUGCCAAAUCAGAGAUGGGCAUCCCUUGGAGCUAACCUUACAGAGAAUGAAAAUUAAAAUAUGAGGUAUUUUAAAUGGAAUAGCUGUGUUCAGUAGAGUAGCAUUUCAAACACCAAGGUCCAUUCCAUCAGAGCAUACCUGACCUGCUUUACUCCCAAGCCACUGGCAGGCUGUCAAGCUUUUGGCCCUGCUGAAGGAGAAAAUCUAUUUUGUUGAUUCUGGCAUCUAACUCAAAUAUUAGUGUGAACCUAAAAGUAUUAAAAGAUGAGAUUCCUUAUGGGCAAAAGUGAAUUCUUAUGGGCAAAGUUCCUUCUUGACACAUUUCUAACAAUCAGUAGCUCAGGAAGGACAUUAUGAGGUAAGAUUUAUGUUUGCCUCUAGAGAAAGCUUCUUUAAUCAAAUUAAGAUGAAUUUGAAUCAAGAUUUGAGCUUAUAUCUAUAGUAUGCUAACUGAUUUAUUGUAUGUUAUAUUUGAAACAGAAAUAUCUCUUGCUUUACAUCAGAGCUAAAUAUUCAUAUACUGAAUAAAAAUGUAAGGACAGUAAGGAAAUAAACUAGGCUAAAUUGCUUAACAAACCCUCACAAUUUCAUCCAGUUACUUCAGUGCAAAAAUCUUGGUUCAGUUUUGGACACCAGAAGCAGACCUAAUUGUUCAGUCAUGAUGGAGACUGCAAUUCCAUUUGCUUAUAAUGCUAAUUAUGCUCAUUAAGAAAACAGCAACCCUAUGACUUUAACAAAUCUUUCAUAAUUUUGAUAGUGCAUGUUCAAAUAGAUCUAGUUAUUUAAAUAGAAUUGGCUUUGGAAUAGCUGAACACAAGAUUAGAUCUCUUUUACACUCAAUUUCUAAAGCUGAACAGUUUUCUAUCCUCAGGAUCUAUAAGCUCGUUACUGGAUAUUUACAUAUGGAACUUGGUGACAAUACAAGAUAAUUACCAGUAGUUCCUUUCUCAGCUGAAGCUCUUUUAGUGUUUCCUCCUCCUCCCACAUAGUCAAUCCUCUUAAAAAAGCAUGAAAAACACACAUAUUUCUCCAUUUAGCAUGUGCUUUUUAUGUCCUCUCAGGACAGCACAUUACUGUCAUUUAGGCAAAGUAUUCAAUAUGACUUUCAAACUAUCAACUAAAGAUAGCUUUUCCUCACCCAUUUUCUGUGUAUAGGGGUUUUUUGUCUACUUCCAAUGUUUACUUUUUAGAUGAAGUUCAAGAAGUUUGUUACGGGAAAUUGUUUGCUGAAAAGACACACUGCUAAUUAGCAAAAAAUCUCUAGUUGUCAAUGAGCAAGUUAAUAAGAAUUCAUCAGGGGCAUUUGGGUUUUUUUUUUAAACAUUGUGCAGCCUAUUGUCUUCUUUCUUAAAGAGAAAAUUUACCACAUUUCAGCUAUCAUUUAUGCUAAAACCAGAGAUUAGUGCCAGAGGCUGAUCUCAGUUGUAUGGAUGUUCACUGUGGGGGUAUUUCUCCAACAAUGUUAUGAUAUAAAAACAUGGUGUAGGUUUAUUAUUCCAAGAUUCUUCUGAUGUAAAAGAAGCUUCAUUUACUGAAGGAUCAGCCCCAAAAAGCCCUUUGCAGACUGGCAAAACCUCUGCUGCAUGCCCUGCUGGUACUGGGUGUUGCAUUGCACAGCCUUACCAGGCAACACAGGCUCCUGUGGCUCCUGUUGAUGGCAAUGCUUCUUGCAGAUACAGCAAAGCUUUUCUGUCAAAACCAGAAAAUACUGUGUUUCUGUGGGAUGAAUAUGAUAAACCACAGCAAGGGCAAAAAUCCUCCAUUGUGCCCUUUAAUCUGCACGAUUGUUAGGGUUUUCUGCUUAGGGCCGAUUCCAGCCCCCAAACACAUGGAGAUUUAUUUUGGGGAAAGAAAAGAGAACACUCCUGACUGAACAAGCUGAGUAAUUCUGCAGUUGUUAUACUUCAGCAAUGCUGGGGCCCUGGUGGAAAUACUCAAUCCUCUUUUUCUUUGGCUCCUGUAAUGUCCUUGGGCUGUACUGAUUCGGACGGGAGGUGUCUACAGAAAAUCAGGUGCCUUGUCACGGUCACAAGGAGCAGCCAUAGAAAAAGUGAAUGCAUUUUCCAUCAAGGAGACCCUGGGUCUCAGAGGAGAAAAAGUGAUGCAGGUGAUCAGCAGGAGAUUGGUGCAGUGGUUUUCUGUCCACCUUCAUUUACAUCAUAAACCCAUCAUCUUCCCAAGCCCAAAGGAGCAGCAGGGCUGGCAGCCUGCUCAGCCCCACAGUGGCAGGUUCACAGCUUGCCCCCAUCUCUGCAACACUCGGCUCUAGACAGUGCUGCUGUCUCUCACUUCUAAGAGUGCUAAAAGGUUUUCUCUCCUCUCUGUGGGGGAAGCAAAUGCAGUGUAAGUACGUGUUGUAAUAAAUAGAGGAAUGAAUUUGUGCUUCUAAAAGGAUAUAUAUGAAAUAAAAUAUAUCUGUGGGAUGCCUGUCAGAAAUAGUUCCGAGGUUUAGCAAUCGCACACCGAAGCUGGAGAGAAGAUUACCUCACUACCUUGUGAAAUCACAGGUGGCCACUGAAUAGAGUUCCAAAUUGGAAGUGAAGGAGCUGGCCACUGCAGAAGUGUUGGGCGAUUUCAGGAACACCCAAGCCAUCAACGAUCAAUAACGACUCGAGGUGGAGAUAACCCAGAACCCACACCCCAAUGCCUGGUUCUCAUAACGGAAUUAACAUUCAUCUUUUCUGGGAGACUGCUAUUGUACACCCAGGAACUGCUUUGUCCACCUGGAGACAGGCUUCUUCCAACUCAGAACAGAGAAAGAAAACUACAUGAAUAUGUGAAGGAGAAGAAAAGAACAAGAGGAACUUCGCCCCGGGCAAGAAAAACAGUAUAAAACCCAGGCUCACCAGACGAGCUUCGUGAAUAUUGGGGGUUCCGAUGUGAUAGAGGUUGGAACGAGGUUCACCCAGCGCCGAUCCCGGGCUCCACGCUGUCCUUUUGAUUGUGGCUAUUGAAAUUUCAUUUUGAUUCACAAAAUAAAUUCCAUUUCUUUUAUUU